UUCAUUACAUCAACACAAUAAAACCCGGAAAAGGGAAGAGGAAGAAUUAGCCCAAAGUGUAGAAUAGUUGAAAUAAUCAGCAAGAAAACGCGUUUGAACAAUGUGAGGGUUCAAAGUCACUUGUGACUCCUUGUUAUUCUUCAGACGUUUUUAAAAGAGGCGAAGCAGAAACACUUAGCAUGGGCGACAAAGUGUGACAACAAAACGUCGGAAGGACCCUAAAAAAUCCAUUUGUUAUGGUUUCUGGAGGUCCGGUUCCGCUUUGUUCAAAGAACUUUAAGCUUUAAGUUGAGUAAAAUGACCUGAUCCGCCGGUUCUGGUUCCAGCCCCUGGUCGCCAUGGCCAGAAUAGCCUGGUACCAAGAGAAGAUCGGGGCCUAUGACCAACAAGUCUGGGAAAAAUCCCUGGAGAAAGCGGAUCUAGGCGGUUUGGAGCGCAAACCAAAGAGGACGGGCUACAUCAAACCGGACCUCAUUGAUGUCGACUUAGUACGAGGAUCAACGUUCAGUAAAGCCAAACCAGAGAGCCAAUGGACAGCGCUGACUCGAAAAGGUCUGGUCAGAGUUCUGCUCUUUCCUUUCUUCUUCCAGUGGUGGAUCCAGGUGACCUCCAGGUCCAUCUCCUCAUGCAUCCUUGUGCUAUAUUUACUGCAAGUGGCAGCGGUGCUGCUGUACCUGGAGGUCCCCAGGGCCAGUGCCAGCGAGGUGUUCGGGCCCGUGUGUCUCAUGCUGCUGCUGGGCACCGUGCACUGCCAGAUUGUUUCAACGGAGUCCAACCGGUGGCCCUCAGGCAGUCCAGCUGUUAGCAGCAGCAGCAGCAGCAGCCCUGCGCGCAGAAGGAGGCCAAGGAAGGGCAGAGGGUUAAAAAAAUCUGAAGCAAAGAUUGACAGCGGGGACGUGGAGCAGCAGGGGCCCUGGCAGUUUGAAGAUAGCCCGCGAUUAUACAGGAGCGAGGAGAGGAGGAACAAAAGUCAGUCAGGAUUUGGAGCAUCUGACGAGCUCUCCAGCGAAGAAGGAGAGAGCGGGAAACCGGUGGAGGUGAUUCGGUCCCUUCGUCAUCGCAAGCUGCACCCAAAGUCGCCGUCUCCAUCCUUGUCUCCUGUUAGGAAGAGAAAUGUGAAGUCCAGCCCCAAACCCGCACCAAGACCACAGGCUGUUAAUCAAAGCCACUCGGACUGUUUUGCCUGUGAGCAGGAGGAGAGCGGAGCGCCCACCGACGUUAAGCUACGUGAGAUACAGCGACUCAGAGUGGACUCUCCUCGUCCGGCCUCUGACACCGACGACACGAUGUGGGAGGAGCUUCUGCAGGGCCCCGACUCCGCCUCCUCAGGGAGCAGCGACACGGAGGGGACCGGGAGGUACAAGGCUGGGAUAAACGUUCCGCAAAACACGACGCCAAGCAGUGAGGAUGGAGGUUCACAGCAAGGACUCACCAGUAGCCAGCUAAACUGGCUUCAGGCGUGCCACCCAUCCAAGGACCGCGUUAGCGCCAUAAUAUGGGAGCAGGGCGAGUGCAAGAAAGCUGACGUGUCGGUGCUGGAGAUCAGCGGCAUCAUCCUCUCACGGGUGAAGCUGGUGGAGCAGGGGAUGGGUUACCUCGUGCUCGGCGGUCUGAUGACGGCCACCCUGGCGCUGCUUCCCUUCGCCUUCCGGCUGGCUCAGCGUUUGGACAUGUCCGGCCUGAGCUCUCUCUCCCUCAGGCAGCUGGUGGAAAUCGGAGUGGGGACGUGUGACGCUCCGGCAUGCGCCUUUUUCCUCAUCACCACGGUUCUGAGGGUCUGCCUCACGGGGCUCUUCUUUUUCAUGAUGUGUGUGGCUGAGAGAACCUACAAACAGAGACUCUUAUUUGCCAAAUACUUCAGCCACCUCACCUCAGCUCGCAAGGCCAAGAAAUCAGAGAUCCCUCACUUCAGGCUGAAGAAGGUGCAAAACAUCAAGAUGUGGCUGUCGCUGCGAUCUUUCCUCAGGAGACGAGGACCGCAGCGCUCUGUAGACGUCAUCGUCUCCACGGUCUUCCUUUUAGCACUUUCCAUUUCGUUCAUCAUUUGUGCUCAGGUUAGUCUGAGGGAGCAGAGCCGACGUGUUCAGCUUCUGCACAACCACAAGACAUUCCUGGGCUCUUUAAUCAACUGGGAGCUGGUGGUGUGGUGCUUCUGCCUCGUUCCCUUUCUGCUGCGGCUCGCCACGCUGGGCUCGGAGACCAACUCUAAAUAUAGCAACUCCUCGGUGCUGCUCACUGAGCAGAUCAAUUUGUAUCUGAAGAUGGAGAAAAAGCCUAACAAGAAGGAGCAGCUCGCCAUAGUGAACAACGUUUUAAAACUGGCCACAAAGCUGAUGAAGGAGUUGGACACCCCCUUCAGGCUGCUUGGUCUGACCAUGAACCCUCUGAUCUACAACUUCACAAAGGUCGUCAUCCUGUCGGCUGUUUCUGCCGUGGUCAGUGACCUGCUGGGCUUCAAUAUCAGACUGUGGAAAAUCAAGCCUUAAUGUGAAGAGGACAUCCCACUACGAGUCGGACACUGGAGUCCGGAGACACUCUCCAUCUGUUGCGGACGCCUUCUCAGAUGCAGAAAGUGCUCAGACCUACUGACGGCGUUUCGCGCUGACCGUGCCUCCUGCACAAACCGUCAGCCGUUCAGAAGCCAGAGAUGCUCCGACAAUCACUCAUGCAACAUUCACUAGCCGCUCGGCUGAGGUGGCAUUUAAACUUUCCAUCAGCCCUGCCACUAACGAAGCGCCUAACCUCCGGUCCUUAAAUGUCCUCCCUGAAAGCGGUUAAAUAUAGCGGCGAGCUGACGUUGGAUGUCAUUUCAGUUCUCCGCGGCAUCCGGGGGUCUGUGUUGUGACGUUUUACAGAUGUGUAAACGGACAAUGGUGUGUAAACGCUGAUAUUCUCAUGUAAAUAGGUUUUUAUUUUCAUCUUUUCUCGGACAAGGAAAAUCGAACACUUCUGCUGUCUCAAACCAUGAUAUUGUAUAUGAACUGACUUUUCAUACUGUAUUUAACAGCCCUUUAUUGUUCUCUAUUUAUUUGGAUUUCUGUUGCAAGCUCUUGGAUUUCAGCUCUUUAAAUCUUUGACCACUGUCUGCCGUUUUGUAUCAGGAACCAGUGUAAAAAGCCAACAUAGGAAAUCACGUAGUCUUUGAUAUCGUGGAAUAAACAGUUUUUUCCACCCAGA